AUGGCUCCGCUUCUUCCAACACCGAGCUGGCUGUGUCGGUCACGUGUACGAGGCAUUUCGCAGCAGCGGAGAGGCCUGCGGGUUCGGCCGCGCGCACGUCCACCGCUGGUGGAGGCAGCCAAGGCGCCGCCGACAGACACCAUCACGCUCACGGACGGCUCGACGAUACGCGUGCAGCCUGGACGGGCGCAGAAGGGCGCCGCAGCAGCUCCAGCAGCCCCAGCAGCCCCAGCAGCCCCAGCAGCCCCAGCAGCCCCAGCAGCCCCAGCAGCCCCAGCAGCCCCAGCAGACCCCGUUCCGCCCCCAACACCGCCGCCGGCGAGACCAGCACGAGACACGGGCGGCCUGGUGCCCUCCGCCCCGUCUGCACCGCUGCCAUCGUUUCCCCAGUCCAGGUCCAGGUCCAAGUCCAAAGCGCGCCCAGAGACGCUCCCCACCGGCCCGCACGACUACAACUGGUACUACGAAACCGCUCCACCAACACACCCGAACAAGACGCACGCCAACACCUUCUUCGACAAGCAUGGCAAGCAGGCGACCCUGCUACGGAGCGUCGCCCAGUUCCGCAUGCUCCCCGAGACCGACGUGCCGGAAGUCGCCUUCAUCGGGCGCUCAAACGUAGGCAAGAGCUCCCUGCUGAACGCCGUCAUGGGCUGCGACACAAAGAAGCUGCUGGCGCGAACCAGCAGCACCCCCGGCUUCACCAAGACGAUGAACCUCUACGGCAUCGCCCCAGACCCCGGCGUGCGCAUCAAAACCGAGUCUCUCUCGGGCAGCCGUGGGCCCGGGCGCGAGAAGAUCGUCGGCCGCAGCGGCCUGACCAUAGUCGACAUGCCCGGCUAUGGCUCCGGCUCCCUCUCCGCCUGGGGCGUGGAGAUUAUGAAAUACAUACAGAGCCGCAAGGCGCUGCGACGCGUCUUCGUCCUGCUCGACGCCGAGCACGGCGUCAAGGACAAAGACCGCAGCAUCCUCGCCUCCCUCCGCCUCGCAGGCGUCAGCCACCAGGUCCUCCUGAGCAAAAUGGAUAAGCUGUACAUCCCGCCCUCCAACGAGAUCAAAAAGGCCGGCAAAGGAACAAAGCUCAAAUCCAGAGGCGCUGUCGGUGCGCUGAGAGGCAAGAUGCGAGACCUGCUGCCGGACAUAAAACCGCCUGUCGGUGGUGGCGCGCUGGGCGAGAUCCUGGCCUGCAGCUCCGAAGUGCUGGUCGAGGGCAAGCGGCUGGGGAUCGAGGAUGUGAGGUUCGCGGUCUUGAAGGCCGUGGGGUUGGAGGGCGAGGAGAGGAAGGGCUUCACCGAGAGCAAGAAGAAGAAGAGGAAGGCGGCGGCGGCGGCGACGGUCGAGGCGUAA